CAAGCACGGACCUGCAUCACAAAUUUCCGUGUACCAUCCACGCACACAUCAGUCAGUCUAAAAAAAGUUUUUUUCGAGACACAUCUCCCAGCUUUCAUUUCACUGUUUACAAACACUUUUGGAAGAGCCAGAGUAACAAGAGUCUCCCAAGGUGAGCUAAUGUGAAGGUGUAACCAAGAGAAUGGCAUCGAAUGAUCAAUGGCCUCCUGUGGCCCCAGUAGGCAAACAUUCGAUUAAAAAUCGUUCCACCACGAACACGAAAAAACCAACAAAGGAAAUUCAGCAACAGGUGCUAUCAGGUCUAAACGAAAUGUUCGAAAAUACAUUAGAAUCAGACGUAAUUCUCUCAGUGGCGAAUAGUUGUGAUUGGGAGCUUGACUCCUGCAUCGAUUCCCUCAUCGUCCUCUCCUCCACAGUAGAAUCACAGAACAAAGCGUCCCAGGAACAAGGGGCAUUCGUCUUAGUCUCUCGCGACCCAGGGAACCAGGCAGAGCCAUCCCCUCAAGAAAUCGGGGCAGACUACUUAAAAAUGGAUAAAACGGAGCUACAAAAGCAGAAGCAAGAGUUGAAAAAAUUUGAGAAAAUAAAAAAAACAUCUAAAAAUCGUAUGGGCUCCUUCAGAGGUAACAUAUCAAAACUGGACUCCAAUUACAGAGAAAAACUGCCAUCAGCGACUUUCGAUUCAAUUUGGAAUCCACCGAUGCUUCAAAGCAAGUCAGACGAGAAAAAUUGGAACGAUUCGGAUUUAAUGAACAACGCCCUCUUUACCCUCCCUCAGAUGUCUCAAUCAUCAAAUCCAUGGAUCCAGGGUCCCAACAUUCCGCAUCACCCCCCAUCAGAGACAAAUUCAAUAGCUAGUCAAAGUAAACCGAAGAAAGAGUCUGAACUAUGUGGCCUGAAGGUGCAAUAUCGAACAGCAGGUAUGGAAAAUUCAUCAGACGAUGACGAUGCUGAUGUUGUCAUUGAAGAGGAGCUCAACUGCACCAUCCCUACGUCAAUACCAGUCAAUGUUUCCCAACUGUUGUCAUCGUCGAUUCAAGCCCCAGCUCAGGUUGCCACUAGCUACAAAACCGAGCUCACCACGACGCCAUCACCUCCAAGUACUCCCAAAAGAUCAAUUCAUCAGGCUACAGUUGACAGAAUAAAACGGGCCAUACUAAGUGGUGAUAAAAUCAUGGUCUUGUUAAGAGGUCUGCCAGGCAGUGGAAAGUCCUUCCUAGCUCGAAGUCUAGUGUCAACAACCACCGGAGAUAAUCCCGCAAAAUAUAUCUUCAGUGCUGAUGACUACUUCGUAGCUCUGGGCCGUGGAAUCUACAUGUACGACCCUAAACGACUGUCUGAUGCUCACACUAUAACUCAGAAUAGGGCCCACGAAGCUUUGAGUCAGGGAAAAACUCCAGUUAUAAUUGAUAAUACAAAUACUCAAGCUUGGGAGAUGCGUCCAUAUGCUGCUAUGGCUGUCGAAUUCGGAUACAUUGUUGAGGUGCUGGAGCCUGACACACCCUGGGCCAAUAAAAUCAAGGAAUUAGCACAGAAAAAUACUCAUGGGGUACCAAAGGAUAAGAUUGAACAAAUGCUUAUGCGGUUUGAGCCUGGUGUCACGGGGGAUAAGCUCCUGACGAUGUACUCACUGUGGUAUGCACCUGGAGCUGACCCUCGAGAGGUGAAAAUUCCAGAGAGGAGUCGGAAUGCCGCUGAGGAGUUGUCUGUCAGCGUAGAGCCCUCGAUAGCCCCAGCUCACAUUACCAAUCAUCUAGGAGAGCCUGGAGAACAUGAGCAGCCAGAAGAGCAAACGAAAACGAUGGAGAGGGAAGAUCGAGCAGAGUCUCCUCGAAAUAACGAACAUAAACCUUCACCAGGGGAGACAUAUUGUCUACAAGUGUUGCCGGCCAUUGGAUCAGAGAGGAAGAAUAGCGUGGUAUUUACGGACGUGGGUGUUGCUUCAGAUUCUGUGAAGGAAGAAAUGGGUCAUAAUGAUGAGAAUGUGGCCCACUAUUCAGAGAUGCAGGAGCAGGACGAAGAGUUCGGUAAAAAAAGCAAGAGAAAUGGAGAGAGUCCUGGAAGUGAGUCCAAGGGGGAGGAAAAUGGGGUGAGAUCAGCUGUUCAUAAUUUCCUCAGUGAAUUGACACAGGGGUACAAUAGCACCUCUGCUGGAUUUCAACGAGCUGAACAGAGACAGUCCACCGUAAUUAUUACAGAGCUGUUUGAGGAACAGGAGAUAGAUAAUGUGGCUGAUAUUGCUGCUAGUCUUCUCGAGGGCACCACUAUGGAGGAUAUUGAUUUAUGCAAUGAAAAUGAGAGUGCUGAGAGAGAUUAUUCUAUAUUCGUUAAAUCAUGUGAACAUGAAGUACUGAUGGAGGACGAGAAAAUAGAGAACAGUUCAGGUGAGGAUAAGGACAUGAGUUUCAUAGAUGCAGAGAAUUUAUCGGACAUCGAGACUGCGGAAGAAUCGACAGAACCUCAAGCGCAAUCCACUCUGGGGACCAUCUUCAAUAUCAUAAAGACGUCGAUCUUAGGAAAUACCCAGGAUGAGGAACAGUUGACAAACAAUGAAGUAGAAGAGGGAAAGGAGUUGAAAGAAUUUUCGUUAAUGGAGGAUGUCAAAAUAUCGAAUGAUAAAUCCGAAUCAGUUUCCGUCGAUGAUGUCAACGUGUUUGAAAGUCCCGUAGCUGAGAUAAGAGCUGCCAUUGACAGUAUAGAUAAUGAUGUACUGAUGGAAGGGACAAAGCGCAGUGAUAAAAAUCAUGACUCAGAAUUCUACGCAGUCGCGGAUGAAACGUUGAAGGCCAUCAAGAUGUUGAGCAUAGAGGAGGCGAAUAUUUUUUCUGCUGAAUUCGUAGAUUCAAAAAAAAUUGUCGACGAAAUGGUGGAAAAAAAUGUAGUGCUACCACCUGCUGAUACAUCUAUGAAAAAUCCGGAGUCUGUGAAGUCAGGAGAACCCGCUGAAGAAUCUGAAAUAAUCGAUAAUGUAAAUAGAAUCACGUGGAAAGAGUCUCCAUUUCCAGUGGACGAUCUGUUACUUCCGAAAGUAAAUCCAGUAGAAGAGGCAAAUGUUCACAAUGUCCAGAAGCAGGAUGUCUCCACCAACACUUCAUACUAUGAUUUCAAUGUCUCGUACUUUGGAGGCACCUCAGAACCGAUUUACAGAGUUAUUUCAGCGUUUAAUAGACCGAUAAACGAAGCUGUUCCUAAUCCCAGGCCGGAGCGGCCACCGGUAAAAUUAAUGCUGGAUAAAAGCUCAAUGACUGGAGAUAUAUUCUCCAGAGAAGGUAAUCCAGAAAUCGAUGAUGAUGAGGCAAAGAAGGACCGGUUUCCUGAGUUGAUGGAGCUGUUUCCACACAUUCCGAGGGACUAUCUCGUGGAGAUCUAUGAAAAAGUCAAUGAGGAUUUGGACUGGGCAGUGGAGUUACUCCUCGAGGGCGGUACUGAGAAUAUUGUCCUGAAAACGACUGAGGAAAAUUCUGGAUCAGAUGAACCUUCAACAGUUGAGCAAGAGGAUAAUAAUCCUUCGAUGAUGCCUGAACCUGUUCAGUCCUUCUCGCCAAAUCUUCGAAGGUCUUCACAAUGUUUAGAAUCUGAUUAUUUGAAAAAUGAGGGAUCAGAGGACACAGAACGGGAACAAGAACGGCAAAAAUACGCGGAGUUCUCAAUAAAUGAAGACAUAAUGGCGAGGACUUUAGAAAUGAAAGAACCAUCGGCCGAUGUGUCUGACGAUGCAGCGUCAACAUCGACCGCUUCAAUAAGUCGCAUGGAAUCCACCGAAGACGAAAAAAGUUCUGAGAGUGACGAUCUAGUUGAAUUAAACCUCGGAUUUGACUGCAUAAGAGGUCUUGAACAGACAUUGGGAAUUCAAAAUUUUCACAUCCCCGAGAAUUUUUCACCAGUAAUUCAGGUAAAGAAAUCAAUCGCCGAGGAGUUGUACGCUAAUUGGAUCGAGAGCUUCUGCCAGCAGGCCAAUGCAAGGCACGAACAACUGGACGAAAUGAUGGCGAAAGAUGCUGAGCUGGCGCGAUCAUUAGAACGUAAAAUGGAGCUCGAAGGGGCGACUGCUUCCGAAAAUUCUUCCGAGCCUAAUUUAGAGCAAAUAAUGGAUAUGGAGCUGGCUCUAGCUAAAUACAAGAAUGAAUUGAAGUCAAUAAUAUCCCGAGAGACACCUGAUGAUUUGGCAGCAAGACUGUCUCGUCAGAUGCUCAAUGAAGCACUGCCGGGUCUUGAUCCUGACGCUUUCAAUGAAAUUUUAAAAGUUACCAACGGUAAUUUCAAGCAGGCUUUUGAAAUCAUUGAAGCGAAUACGGGAAGAGCCAUUGUUCCGUGUGAUACGCUUAAGAAGCAGAAGAUCUUGAUGGAUGAAGUGAAGGAGGAGGAUAAAAAUCUCCGAGAAAAACCACCACCCAUGAUUAUUGUCAGAGCUAGAGGGAAAAAUGAUAGACUUGGGUACAAUACUGCUCUGGCGCAUGCUAGAAACUCCCGGGAGGAAGCCCAAAGACAAUUGUCAUUGCAGAUUCAGAAUUAUAACAAGGCUGCUGAGGCGUACAAAAAGGGCUGUCCUGGAGUGGCCGCUUACUACUCUCAAGUGGCUCGAUUGCAUACCAGAAAUAUUGACGCUGCUCAUGCAGCAGCUGCCAGUGCUUUUGUCGAGGCCCAAUCUUGGGACAGCGAGGAAAGUCUUGAUCUACAUAAUUUAUUCGUCUCCGAGGCACUCACCGCCUUGGACGAAUUUCUCGAGUACCACUUAGAUAAACUCAUGAGGAACAAUAAACGUUCCUCGACGAUAUAUAUUGUAACUGGUAGAGGGGCCAGGAGUAAUAGGGGAACGAGUAAAAUAAAACCUGCUGUAUCGCAGAAGCUCAAUAGUAGAAAUAUCAAAUUCACUGAAGAUAAUCCAGGCUGCCUAAAGGUCACAUUAUACAGGAAAAAUGGUACAACUUAUUUAAAAAAUUGAUAAAGUAACGCACAAAUUUUAGAUCACAGUGUCUGGUCAAUAUUUCAACCGUAAGUGAAGCCUAUGCAAAGUGUGACGAUAUUUUUCAUAUAUUUUGGGACGUAUGAUGAAAAAAAAAGCCGUACGCAACGACGUCGUUCAGACAGAUAAGUUUUUCUUAUGAAUUUAGAUUUACAAAUACAGAUGGAAUAUAUUUUACUAACAUCGUAACAUAAGCUAUCCGUAAUAAUUAUUUUACUUAGAUUAGCCAGAAGACACUGUAAGACCAUGGAUUUUCAGUUUUGUUAUACUUUUCACGUAAAUUUCGUUGUCCGCAAGACCUUGUUAUUAUACUAAUGAGACGUUACUAUUAUGCUCCCUUAUCACAGUGGGAAUGAACAAUUUUUGUUUAUCACGUUUGCUAUCCAAAAUCAUGAUUAUUUUAUUUUUGUUAAUUACA